CAAAGGAAGAACGGAAGCCAAAUGGGACAGCUCUGGUUUGCUUAGCCAAAGCAUUCCUCACAUUGCUUUGACUUCAAUCCUGUGUGAAGGUAAAAGCAGCAUUGUGAAGCUCAUGUUUCUGGCGCUUCAGCAAGAAUGUUGGUGCUUCGUUUGUCAGUGGUGAUCAAGCUUUUCUUCCAGCUGGAUGCAUCUGUUUGUCCCGAGAAAUGCGACUGCUCGUUCAAAAAUGCGAUUCAUUGCUCCGGUCCUCACAUAAAAGACCUGGAAUCGUUAAAUCUUCCUUGCAAUAUGACCAAAAUUCACAUAACAAACACUAAUGUAACAUACGUGCAGGAUGUUUUUUCUGGGAUGGAAGAACUGCAACAUCUCAUCUUGUCUUCAAACAAUAUCGCUCUGAUUUCACCGGUGGCAUUUAAAGGCUUGAGAAGCCUGAAAGUCCUCAAACUGCUGGAUAACAAACUGGUUGAACUUCCUCCAGAAGUGUUCAGUGACACGGUACAUCUUCAGCAACUGAUCAUUGAAAAUAACAGGCUGAAAUCCAUCCAAGAGAAUCUGUUUGACAGACUAGGCAGUUUGGAGGAGCUUUUCUUGAACAAAAAUGAACUAAGAGCACUUCCCAGUGGUGUGCUGAAGAAACUUGCCAAACUCAAAGUACUGAAUUUGUCAAGAAAUUCUUUGGCAGCGCUGCCUAGAAAUAUAUUUAGUGCAUUAACUAAGCUCGAGAAGCUGAUGUUGUACUUUAACAGGCUCUCUUCAAUAGAGUCUGGUAUAUUUGAUAGCCUGAGGGAGCUGCUGGAACUCUUCCUGCAUUCCAAUGGCAUUCAGUCUAUUGCCCCUGAUGUAUUUCAUCACCUUCAUAAACUUAGAAGCCUAACGCUCUCCAGAAACAAGCUUGAGAUUUUACCCCCUGGGCUCUUUCUGCACUUGCGUGAUCUGUCUAAACUGACCUUAUAUGGGAACCCACUGAAGUCUCUUCCAGAAGUGUUGUUUGGAGAGAUGAGGAAUCUUGGUAGCCUGUGGCUGUAUCACACAAAGCUCUCAACGAUACCGGAUUUUGUGUUCAGUAACUUGACCAAUUUGGAGCUGCUUGUGCUGAGUUUUAAUCCGGAGCUUAGUGCUCUUCCCGAGAACGUGUUCAGUGGUCUGAAAGAACUGCGGGGCCUUUCUCUGCAUACAAACAACAUUUCCAGUCUUCCAGAGGGCAUCUUCCAGAGCCUUCAGAAACUGCAGAACGUUUCUCUUUUCAGUUCCAGGCUUCAGGUUCUUCCCAGAAGGCUCUUCUAUAAUCUCAAGCACCUCCAGAAGGUUUACCUCAAUAGUACUGAGCUGCAGUCUCUUCCUGAAGAUCUAUUUGCCACUUUACCUGAGCUGCAAGAAGUCUUCCUUGGUGACAACCCUUGGAAGUGUGAUUGCCAAAUUCUUGGCUUCCGAGAGUGGCUCCGGAAGAGCACAGAGGUAGUGAAAGAAGCACAGUCUCUAAUGUGUGACAGCCCACCCUCCUUAAGGAACAUUUCACUCCUGGCUCUAACAGAUCACCACCUGCAGUGCCUGCCAACCACAGCCAUUACGUACCAGGUGUUUAAGUCGACUUGUUCCCCGACUUUGACUUCUCUUACAAUGGAGCAAUUGAAAUCAUCCUGGGAGACAACUGUACCAGCAGUGUCUGACAUUGAUACCAGCACACCUACAGCAGUUCCAGUUGCAAGAACAACUCCAGGUUUUACCUAUUCACACAUUCAAGACGUUGAAGGCUCUGGCUCUCAUUUCUUAGAUGGUCCAACCCAAACUUCUCCCAGUGUCAUAGAAACAAACAGCAUCAGAGGAACAGUUCUGACUACUCCUGCCCAGUGGGAUGAAUUACCUGCUUACAGGAGAACCGAGCCCUAUUAUAAUACCAAAGGUGUUUGUUGUCAGCUAUUCUUGUGCCUUCACAGUUUGGUUUUAGCAUUUCAGACUGUCACCAUUGUGCUCAGUCUGUAUGUGGUGGUUAAAACCAGGCAACUCUUGUACUCCAGAAACGUUCCUGCUCAGCCUGUAGUUCUCAUAAAAUAUAUAAGACAAUAGAGAUUACCAGUUGAAGAAAGGAUUAGAAACGUUGCUCUGAAAGCAUUUGGAGCAUUUGGACUGUUUGUUUGGUUCAGAUAUGGCUUACAAAUCUCCACAGCAAGGACCACAAGCGCCUUGUCUCUACAGAAUAACCAAAACGUGCUUUUAUAUACCUUAGUGUUGGCCAAAAGUGACUGUAGUCAUUGCACACAGUGAUGGCACUUGGUGUACAAAACGCAGAUGGGAAGCUGAAAGAAAAUCCAUGUCCACCUUCACACGCAGCCCUGCCCUUCAGUCAGCACGGAGCCACCUUCCUGCAUUGGGCUGCAGCCCUGUCCUGGGCAGGGCACUGCUGGCUGCUGUGCCGUGGUUGUGACCCCUCCAUGUGACUGACUUGUGGGAGAGCAAUCCGUGGGCAAGGAAAAAAUGUGAACAGCACAGGGAGGUUUACAUGGAAGCACGGCUUUAACUGUUGUUUAAAGGUUGCCUGGAGUACUGCAAAUAUUAUGAUGCCUUAUACUGCCUGCA